AUGGCACAACAUAAUGAUGCAACACAAAAUCUACCAAAAUCAACAACAGCACAACAUAAUGAUGCACCACAAAAUCCACCGAAAUCAACGACGGUACAACACCAACGAAGACUAGCUCCAGCGACAAAGACUCCACAAACGAUGACUUCAAUAACAAUGCCUAGUUAUCUGAAAAAAAGACCCACCAAAAUUAAUGACGGCACCACACCAACGAAGACUAGCUCCAGCGAUGAAGACUCUACAAACGACGACUCCAGUAAUGACACCUAG